AUGUCUCCUGCGAGGAUUUCAUCCAUGUCUCUGCUGCUGCUGCUGCUGAGUCUGGUGGCUAUAGCAAAAGCAGCAAUAGUCUUCCCACAAAACCCAGGAUGCCCACAUACUGAUGACAAGAACUUCCUCCAGAACGUGAAGCUCAACCUGAACAUCCUUAGCCCCAGUGGCAAUUCCAGAAGGCCUUCCAACUACUACAACCGAUCCACUUCACCCUGGAACCUCCACCGCAAUGAGGACCCUGAGAGAUACCCCCCUGUGAUCUGGGAGGCAAAGUGCCGCCACCUGGGCUGUAUUACUGCUGAAGGGAAGGUGGACCACCACAUGAACUCCGUCCCCAUCCAGCAAGAGAUCCUGGUCCUGCGAAGGGAGUCUCAGCACUGCCCCAAUUCCUUCCGGCUGGAGAAGAUGGUGGUGGCUGUGGGCUGCACCUGCGUCACCCCCAUCAUCCGCCACGUGGCCUAA